AUGUGCUUCCUGUGCACGCAUCGUGUGCGGCCAGAGGGUGGGGAGCGCCCAUCUGCUUCCUCCAAAUACAAGGACUUGCGGACAGCCAACGCCUGGCCCUUCAGAACUGUGCUGUUUCGCCUUCCCAAGCCGCUGACUCUCCAUGAAGUUUCAGAAACGAUUCUGGUGAAAUGCCAUCGUCCUGGCCACCCUAAGAUCAAUAAGACGUAUAAUUUUGAAAGAGUCUACGGUCCAGCAGAGUCUCAGGAGGCUGUGUUUGCAGAUGUGUGCCCCCUACUGACGUCCUUCCUGGACGGGUUCAACGUGUGCAUCAUGGCCUACGGGCAGACUGGGAGCGGGAAGAGCUACACCAUGCUGGGGCCGCAUSCUGAGGACCAGCCCGGGCUGCCGUCGGGGGCUCUCGCUGACUGGGGAAUUAUCCCCAGAGCURCGGAGGAGCUCUUCAGGCUCAUUUCAGAAAGUCCACCACCGAGAAGCCCCACGGCUGAGGUGUCCAUAGUGGAGAUUUACAAUAACGACAUUUUUGAUCUCCUGGCCAAAGAGGGUUCUGGAGCAGUGGCUGGGAUCAAGCGUGAGGUGGUGACGACCCAGGAAGGAUGCACAGAGGUCCCCGGUCUGACCUGCACGGCCGUCGCCAGCGCCGCAGAGCUGGUGGCACUUGUCCACGGAGGUCUGCAGCUCAGAGCRAGGCACCCCACCUUGGUGCACAUGGCUUCCUCCAGAUCCCACCUGGUGGUGACGGUGACUCUGACCGUGGUGUCCCCCUCAGACAGCACUGGCCAGCAGCACCAUCCAGCCCCCCUGCAGGGUCACGCUGGGGCAGGGAAGGGGUGGAGCACCUCUCCCCAGGCUCCGCCUCUCCAGCCCCUUCCUGUGGACCCCGCAGGUUCUGCGAGGCCAGCUCGGGCCAAGCUGCAGCUGGUGGACCUGGCUGGCAGUGAGUGUGCAGGUGCAUCUGGGGUGACUGGCCUGGCACUAAGGGAGACCUCGUUCAUCAACCGGAGCCUCGCAGCCCUGGCAGAUGUCCUGGGUGCCCUGUCGGAGCGCCGUGGCCACGUGCCUUACCGGAACAGCAAGCUUACCCACCUGCUCCAGGACACCAUCGGGGGUGAUGCGAAGCUCCUGGUGAUCCUCUGCGUGUCCCCCGGGCAGAAGCACGUGGCYGAGACACUGCAGGGCCUGGGGUUCGGGGCCCGAGCUCGGCAGGCUGAGCGGGGACAGGCUGGGAAGAGGCCUUCCUGCGCCCAGAAAGGGACGCGCUGCCUUGGGGAGAAAGAGGAAAUGGAUUCUGGCCCCCCACACGUCUCUGGGGGUGCCAGCAAGCUGUCUGCUCAGGACGAGGCCCAGCUGACCACUGCCUCAUCGUGUCCCCUUCCUCCAGGACACGUGGUGUCUGCUGCAGUAUCCAGUGAGCUGGCAGGCAUUGGGUCCCCACCCUCAGCCAUGGCCUCAUGGCACAUGGUGCCUGCUCACCCUCAGCAGAGGACUCAGGGCCCCAUGGGAGCCCUGGUGGUGACAGUGACACUGAUGAUGCUGUGA